UCCUCCUUUUCUCCCUUGCCGGAGCUGCUCGCUGCAGUAAGCGCACAGCAGACAUGCAAACAGAAGGGGGCUCGCGGUGGGCAACCAGGGCCCUGCUCCUCGGCAUCCUCUGGGUUACUGCACACCUGCCUGCCCCGGGCGCUGCCCUGCCCCAGCGUCUCCCAAAGGCCACAGGAAAUACCACCCAAUGCGUUAUGUCUCCAUCCCUGGAAUUUCCUGAAGGGUUUUUCACGAAACAGGAGCGUGCAGAUGGAGGCAUUAUAAUCUACUUCCUAAUUAUCCUUUACAUGUUCAUGGCCGUGUCUAUUGUCUGUGAUGAGUACUUCCUACCCUCCCUGGAAAUCAUCAGUGACUCCCUCGGAUUGUCUCAGGAUGUUGCAGGUGCGACUUUUAUGGCAGCUGGUAGUUCAGCUCCUGAACUAGUAACUGCUUUCCUGGGUGUAUUUAUCACACAGGGAGAUAUUGGCAUUAGUACCAUUCUUGGAUCUGCAGUUUAUAAUCUCCUGGGCAUCUGUGCAGCCUGUGGCUUGUUAUCUAAUGCGGUUUCAACCCUAUCGUGUUGGCCCCUAUUCAGAGACUGUGCAGCAUAUGCAGUUAGCAUAGCGGCAGUUCUUGGUAUAAUAUUUGACAACCAAGUUUACUGGUAUGAAGGAAUUUUAUUGCUUUUGAUAUAUGGAUUAUAUGUUUUGGUGCUGUGUUUUGACAUUAAAAUUAACCAAUAUAUCAUAAAGAAAUGCAGUCCUUGCUGCACCUGUCUUGCCAAAGCUAUGGAGGAGAGAAGUGAACAGCAGCCACUGAUGGAAUGGGAAGAUGAGGGUCAAGCAUUCAUCCGUCGGCAAUCAAGAACUGACAGUGGAAUAUUUUAUGAAGAUUCUGGCAACUCCCAACUUCCUAUGGGUUUACAUAGCCUUAGUCAGGUUUCUGAAGAUCCACCAAGUGUUUUCAACAUGCCUGAAGCAGACUUAGAAAGAAUUUUUUGGGUACUAUCCCUUCCUGUUAUUACAUUACUUUUUCUAACCACACCAGAUUGUAGAAGAAAGUUUUGGAAAAAUUAUUUUGUGAUAACCUUUUUCAUGUCAGCAGUAUGGAUAUCUGCAUUUACAUACAUUCUGGUCUGGAUGGUCACAAUUACUGGGGAAACAUUAGAAAUUCCAGACACAGUAAUGGGCCUUACUUUAUUAGCAGCAGGAACAAGCAUACCAGACACAAUUGCAAGUGUGCUGGUUGCAAGAAAAGAAAAUUUCUUUGAAUUGCUAAUAUCCUUCCACCAAUGUCAGUACAACAAGAAGCCCACCAAAAGACCUCAAGUUUGAUGCAAGCCUUACUCAUAUCUAACCUCAAAAGGCAAUCUGCUACAAAGAAUAAAGAACAGUCAACCUGAUAUUGGUUACACUUUCAUUAAUGUUAUUUGUUUGCCCCACUUUGUUCUUCAUCUUGUUUCGGUUCUAGUUUUUAAAGUAAUGUCAUAUCUUAUUUGAAGAGUUUUUUUCAUUGAAACUACAACAGAGAUUACCUAUACUUGCCGCCACUGCUCCUUGUUUGAUGUUAUUUCACUAAGGCCCUAACAUAGUUGCUCCUCUGUCAUCUAUAGGAUCAACACCAGGAACUCACUCAUUCUGGCAGAUCUUGCUCCUACAAAGACUACCAACACUUCAAAACAACUUCACAGUUCUGCUUUCUCUUAGUGGUAACUAUUUACUAGUCAGCUCAUUUUUAACAACUUUUUAAUAAAAAAAAUAUUAAGUUUCUCUUCUUCGAGUAAAAUAUUUUAAAAUAUUAUUAAUAAAAUCAGUCAACAGAACAUCCAGACAGGUUCACACUGCAUGUUGAGGGCAUAUCUUACUUCAUUUACCUUUCUAAUUUUAAUGACUGCCAAAAAUACAGUAUUUGAGUAUUUAUUGAAUAAAUGAGUAAUGAACAUCUACUCAGAAUGCUUAAGUCACUCAUAAACAUUUAAUAAACUUUUACUACAUGUACUGAGGCAAUGAAAGGUGCUAGGAUAAAAAGAUGACAGUUCUUGCCCUAACAAGUCUCCAUUUGGGAGUGAAGAAAACAUGGGAACAGAUUACUACAAUAAACUUAGGUAAAAAGCACUCUGAGAAGACAGAAGACAAAGUGCCCACAGUGAUCACUUUGAUCAUUGAUGGUGGCCACAAAGUCUACUUUUGUGGAAGAACACUGAACUUAUCCCCAAUAUGAUCUCAAAAAUUAAAUAUAUAUUCCAAAUACUCUUAAUCUCCUAUUAACUCUCAAAGGCCAAAUGGAACACUUGUAGUCAUUUUUCAUCAUUAUAUGAUACCUACAUAGCUUACUAUUGUGAUUUUAGUCUCUGGAAUACCAUGCAACAGCAGAAAACAGCUGGCAGGAAAUAUUACUUUAUUCCAGUUACAUUUAUUCUCUCACAUUCACAAAAAAUGGGCCUCUUUUAAAAGUAAUAAACUAUCUAAUCUAUAAAACUCAUGAACAUAUUAUGGUUGUAUAGGCAGUAUCAUUAUAGCCAAGAACGGUUUAUCAGAACACAAUGGGAAGGGCCACAGAAUGUACCUUUGUCUGAGGCAUGCCAGGCAGUGGGUUCUAUUCUAUCAGCUAAGUUUUCUGUGUGGUACAGGCAACAGAGUGUGCAGAAUGGGUCUUGUUAACUCUGCAAAUUAACUCAUGUAAAUGUCAGCAUUUCAUUGUGUGAUGCUGACAAGGCUCUGCACUACACUAUAAACAGGGAAAUAAACAAAUUACUUAUUAAAUAUUCCCCACAAGAACAAACCUUUAUAAAUGCAAGCAAUGAUGAUAUAUUAAUCUUUUAAAAAUCAGGUAAUAAAAUAAGCCCUUUCUUUAUCCACAGGAGACAAUGACAGGCUCUAUCUAAAUCUUGUUAAUAAGUUGUCAUUUGCACUGCUCUAAUUCGGAGGAUACCAAAAAUAAUUCAUUUAUUUGAAGUGGAAUUAGAUUUGUCAUACUAUCCAGAAAUAAGCAUCUGGACAAGUAAAGGUCUAAACAUGGUGUUUGAAAGUUUAAAAUCAAUUUUUCCUCCAUAAACAAUACCAACAUAUCUGCAGUUAUUG